AUGGGGAGCUGCUUCGGCGUUUUCAGGCGUGGCAAAGAAGCUCCGGCAGAUGCAGGUGACAAGAAGAAUGAGCUCCCCAUCGGCACCCAGACCAAGGAGGGGUUGUCGACUACGGCAGCGCCACCUAGUGCUGCCGCAGCCGCAGGAGAAGAGGACACCCCGAAGCCGCAAACACCAGAGACGACCAACGGUGGUCUUCCUCGCGUGACAUCUCGGCCUCCUCGUGCUCCCGAUGUGGUGGUCUCUGUGGUGGUCACUGCUGCGCCGGCAUAA